CUCUGGUCAGAACUAUGUGAGGGGGAGACCGUGGACAGAGGAGCGCGGCCUCAGUACUUCUAAAAUCCUCGCUGUGGCCCUGGUUGGGGAUCUUAAGUUGUAUGCUAUGUCAGGAGCAAACAGGCUCCAUAAUAAACCGCAACAUAUCUGUAUUCAUCUACAGUAAAUUAAUAUCUAUGAGUCUGGCACAAGACAUGAGCAUUUGCCAGCUUAAAGAGUGCAUCCUCCACACAGCAGGAGUUAACCAGAGAGGGGACGUUUCUGUGCGUCUCUCUCGCUUCCUGCUUCCUCAACAAGAGCCGCGGUGAAACCUACAAGACGGGGCGGUCAGCUGCGGUGAACACUGAGACCUCCUGGACCUGCUGGAUCCAGAGGAAGCCGCUUGUCUGGCGUCAAAUCCGAUUUCAGGAUCGAUCGAUUCAGAUCUAGUUAAGCGUGCUCCAGACCCGCUGGUUCCUUCUGAGUCCGUAUCCUCUGCCUCCCAGCAUGGGCGGCGAUUCGGUCUGGAGAUAAACAUACACAGAUGACUGAAUUGAUCCCAUCAGCUGACUCUUGAGUCGUACCAGUUAUGGGAACCCCAUGGACUUGGUUCCCCUGGGCACACUGCCAAGAAAGUGAAUCCCCUGGUCCAGACCUCGAGAGGGAGAAGAGAUGGGCCGAGCUGUUUGAUCAGCUGGACCUCAACAAAGAUGGACGCAUCGACAUCCUUGAACUGCGGGCAGGGCUGGCAGGCCAAGGGCUUUCCAGGGGCUCAUUGGAGAAGAUUGUGGAGGCUGGAGACACCAACCAGGAUGGAGUACUGGACUUUGAAGAGUUCACACAGUAUCUUUGCACCCAUGAAAAACAGCUCAAACUCAUGUUUAGAAGCCUGGACAGGAACAAUGAUGGUCAGAUAGAUGCAGGGGAGAUCCAGCACUCUCUCCGCUCCAUUGGUGUGGACAUCAGCCUCGAGGAUGCCACCAGGAUUUUGCUAAGUAUGGACAAGGAUGGUACCAUGACCAUUGACUGGAAUGAGUGGCGAGACUACUUCCUGUUUAACCCCCUCACUAACAUGGAGGAAGUGGCACGCUACUGGAAACGUUCAAUAAUGCUGGAUAUAGGUGAACAGCUGACUGUCCCUGAUGAAUUUUCAGAAGAGGAGAAGAAGUCUGGGUAUGUGUGGCGGCAGCUGAUGGCUGGAGCCAUGGCUGGAUCUGUAUCCCGGACUGGAACCGCCCCCUUGGACCGCCUCAAAGUCUUCCGACAGGUUCAUGGUUCCUCGGCUUUUAAAGGGAAUGUGCUGAGCAGUUUCCAGCACAUGGUAAAAGAAGGAGGACUGCAGUCGUUGUGGAGAGGCAACGGAAUCAAUGUGCUUAAAAUUGCCCCAGAGACUGCAAUCAAGUUCACAGCUUAUGAAAAGAUCAAGAAUGUGAUGCGUGGCAGUAAUGAGACAAGAAAUCUGAGGGUUCAUGAGAGGUUUGUUGCCGGCUCUCUGGCUGGAGCUAUGGCUCAGACGGCCAUCUACCCAAUGGAGGUGCUGAAGACCCGUCUCACACUGAGAAAAACAGGCCAGUACUCAGGAAUAUCAGACUGUGCCAAACAGAUUCUUCAGAGAGAAGGUGUCACAGCCUUCUACAAGGGUUAUAUACCCAACCUGCUGGGUAUUAUCCCAUAUGCUGGCAUCGACCUAGCUGUCUAUGAGACUUUGAAGUUUGCCUGGCUGAACAGGAAUAGGGGUUUAGCUGACCCAGGGAUCAUGGUGCUGGUCGGCUGUGGUGCUGUCUCCAGCACCUGUGGGCAGCUGGCAAGUUACCCACUGGCACUGAUCCGCACCCGAAUGCAGGCACAGGCUUUAGAGAAGGGAGCCCCUAAACCCUCCAUGCUGGCCUUGCUUCACAACAUUGUGACCCAGGAGGGCGUGGCCGGACUUUAUAGAGGAAUUUCCCCCAACCUGCUGAAAGUCAUUCCUGCUGUCAGCUUGUCCUACGUUGUCUACGAAUACACGAGGAUAGUCCUGGGAGUGGACAUUGAGGGUAGGAGGGGAAGGAAAGGGUAGAAAAGGAUAAAUGCUUUGGAGGUGGCUUUUGUCUACAGGCACUUACAGAUCUGUUGGCAGUGCAUGAGGAAAUGGGCCUUGGCGGUGGAUGAAUACAUGGUCCUGUGAUUGCAAAUCUUUACUUUUCAGGUUGAAUAUGAUGAAAAAUAAACCCUGGAAUGAAAAGAGAGCAACAGAUCAACUUUAAACAUAAUUUGUUGUGAAAGCCUCACAUCUGGAUGAUCACACCUUAACUGGCAGCUGCUGUGAGGAGUUUCAAGUGUGAUAGAUUGCAUUGCAGUGCAUGCCAGCAGUUGUGUGAGAGCUAACCAAUUAGCUUCCUGCCACUGCACUGACUUGGACAGAUGGAAACUUGCAUGAACUUGCCUGAGAAUGAACGGGUAAAAGGUGUAACCAAACUUGGGAGCCACGUCACAUUCCUACAGCAUAAUUUUUUCUCCUAGGUGGUACAUAGAGAAGAUAAAGGACUAAUGGGAGGACUGAUCCAGGUUUCUCUCCUAUAAGUGGAUCCUGAAGCCACUGCAGACUGGUGAAGUUACAGAACCAGGCCUUUAAUUAAUGUCUUAAACAAAUAUUACAAAAACUAGUGUUUAAGAUAAGAUAAGGUAAGAUACACCUUUAUUAGUCCCACAGUGGGGAUAUUGCAUCUGUCACAGCAGCAACGAGACAGAUUCACACAGGAUUUACAAAAAAUCAAAAAUAUAAAGAUUCAAGAUAAGAUUUAUUGUAGAAAAUAAAUACUAUAAACAAUUACAAUAUACACAGAGUGAGCAAUAUAUACAAUAGUGAACCACUGUACACAGUAUGGGCAAAUACUGAAGUAUUUGUAAUAUUUGUGACAAGAAAUGCUGUCAGUCUUCUCUUUCAUGAAAGUAUUACUACUGAGUAGAGCACACCAAUAUAUUGAUGAAGCCAUAUAAAAAAACACAGAGGAUUCAUGACAAGCUGUCGUGCAAAACACGUGUUUUGUAAGUAUUCCUAUGCAGAGAGGUGUGUUUUCUCAUGUUUGAAAAACACUACAGGGUCCAGUGGCCCAUAGUAUUUUCAUAAACUGUAUGCGCACAAUGUGCAGUUUUAACAUUAUUGUAAGAAGAUAGUCUAUAUCAUAAAACAAUAAGAAAAAAUGUUUAAUGCCGAUGGACUUUUUUGAUGUGUCAGUAUUUAUUAUGGAAUGUGCAAAUAAAUGUAUGCAUGGUGCUGUUUUUGUUGAACAAAUGCCCCUUAGUUUCCAUUUAAUGUUACAGAUGUUGAAAUUUUAUGAAACCACUGCUCUAAUAUCAAACAGGUUGUCCUCAUGAAAAUACUGAUGGACGGUCACUUUGUUUAGCCCUGUUGCCUUUAGUUAAAAUCAUUUUUAGCUGUUACAUUGCUAAUAAACACUGUACAGUUUGUCCGUUCUGUAAAGGUUCCGGGUCUGACUGUGCAACAUACAAACAAAUGCAACUAAAAUAAAUGACAGUUUUUUUUC